UCUCUUUCUUUGUCAUAUCUUCAAAAACUCCAUCAGAUAGUAAGUAUAUUAUUCCCAUCCCACAUCAAACCAUACUCAUCACGUCUCUUCUCCAUCAAACCAUUCCCCUCUCUCUCUCUCUCCAACUCCAAAACCACCCUAUGGAUCUUCCAGAAACAUCACUCUGGUGGACUCAACACCAUCAACAACAACAACCUAUGAUGUUACUAGAACCAAUCCAAACCACUCCUUGGCCACUCCACCACCACCAACCACCAUGGUUCACUUCACAAAUCCAUGAAAACGAAGAUGAACAAGUAGAAAACGACACCACCGUUGUAAUAAAACCCGAAGACGAAAAAGAACCAAUGUUCGAGAAACCAUUAACACCAAGCGACGUAGGAAAGCUCAACCGUCUGGUUAUCCCAAAGCAAUACGCGGAAAGAUACUUCCCACUCGGCGGUGGUGACUCGGGUGAGUGCAAGGGCUUGUUACUGAGUUUCGAGGACGAGUCAGGGAAGUGUUGGCGAUUCCGUUACUCGUAUUGGAACAGUAGUCAAAGCUACGUGUUGACUAAAGGUUGGAGUCGUUAUGUGAAAGAUAAGCGUCUCGAUGCUGGCGACGUCGUUUUGUUUGAACGACACCGUGUUGAUAGUCAGCGUCUUUUUAUCAACUGGAGGAGGAGGAAUGGGAAUGAUGAGUCAGCGUAUGUUAGCAGAGGGGUGGGACAACAAGGGAAGGGGGGUGAUAAGAAUGAAGUUGUAGGCGUGGGUGUUGGGUGGUCCAGAGGAUUCUAUUCUACGCACUUGCCUUAUCCUGCGCAUCACCAUCAUCAUCAUCAGGUUUUGUCAUACCAACAUGAGCACUGUCUUCAUGGAGGUAGAGUGUCCCAAGAACAGAACCAAAGGACGAAACCGGUAGGAAACAGUUCAAGUUCAAGGGUACUUAGGUUGUUUGGUGUUAACAUGGAAUGCCAACCAGAACAUGAACAUGAACAUGAUUCUUCUUCAACACCUCAAUGUUCUUAUGAUACUAACAACAAUAAUAAUAUGUCACUAACACAAUAUCAUCAACCUAAUACUUCUAAUUCUAACCCUCACGUGGUACGUCACCAACCAUAUUAUUACUAGAUAUCUAUCUAUGUAUACAACCUUUGAGGUUGUAUUUUUAGUUAUUUUUGUCUUUUUUUUAAUUAGGUGUAAGAUGUAUUUAACUAUGUAUCGACUUUGGAAAUUAUAAUUAUUUCUAAUUAAUUAGUUUAUGCUUAAUGCAUUA